CAGUAAUUAAUCAAAAAUUAAUACCAGAUGAUAAUUCCGAUGUUGAGAUUAUAGAUUUAACAAACUGCAACAACCUUACAAAUCGUAUUAAAAUGGCAUUAUAUAAAUCAAUGAAUCAUUAUUGGGAAGUUCCACAAGAAGAAGGAACAUUGGCUGCUUUGCUAGAUCCAAGAUUCAAGGAUUUAAAGUUUGCUUCCAAAUCAUUGCGCAUUAGAACUUAUGAACAGUUAAAAAAUGCACAUCAAAAUAUGAGAAACUUAACUGAUGAAGAUCAAGAAGUUGAAUUUAGAGCAGUUUCAUCAAAUUCAUUAUUAGCAAGAAUGUUUCAAGAUAAUAUUAAUUGUGCUGAUGAA